AUAGCCGGAAAUGAAUGAACCCACACAGAGAAGAAGAAGAAGAAGAAGUUUGGAGCCAGAGAGAGGGGCAAAACAUCAACAUAAUAUCAGAAACUGAAACAUAUCUUCGUUUAGCUAUUUCCAAUAACACGAUAUUUAAACUGGCAGCUCUCCCGCCGCUGUAAACAUUAAGUGAAGCCGACGUUAUCUGACCUGUUUAGCAGAAGCAUGUCGGUUCACUUCGAGGAGAGGAGCGGUGUCGUCCCAUGCAAGACCCCCUGGGGCUCCUGGUACCAGACCAUGGAGGAGGUCUUCAUCGAAGUCAAUGUGCCUCACGGGACGUCUGCCAAAGAGGUCAAGUGCCAUCUAGGAUCCAGAGACAUCGAGCUGCAGGUCAAAGGGAAGGAGGUGUUUAAGGGAAAGCUGUUUGGCACGACCGUAUCUGACGAGGCUACAUGGACACUCGAGGAUAAAUGUCUCAUCCGGAUCAUUCUGAUGAAGACCAACAGAGAGGCAGGGAACUGCUGGUCCUCCCUGCUGGAGGGGGAGUACUGUGCGAACGCCUGGGUCCAGGACCAGAUGCAGAGGAAGCUCACUCUGGAGAGGUUUCAGCGAGAGAAUCCUGGAUUUGACUUCAGCGGAGCAGAGAUCUCUGGGAAUUUUGCUGGUGGUGGUCCAGACUUUUCCAGUUUACAGAAGUGACCGCGGCCAUGAGCUCAGCCGAGAACAUGCUAGAGUCUACGCAUCAUCUGUGACAUGCAGAGGAACAAUGGACUUAUCAGGUCAUCUGUGAUGAGGAGUCAAACAGAUUUGCCUUCAAAGGAACUCAAAUAUUGGCUGGUUUGUAAGACUUUGUUUGAAGAAACUCUUUCACAGCAGCCCUUUCAUCUGGAUUGUCUCAGCUGCAAAGGACUGAUAUAGUUUAAGCCUGAUUUGCCAAGUUGCAAAGUUCAUUAUACAAGAGAAAGUCUAUAGGAACUGUUCAUUGUGGUCGUAAAAAGAUCAAAAGAGAAAUGAAAGAAUGAGAAGGACACGCGCAGCAAUAACUUUUCAAUAAAGUUUUAUUGAAAGGUACAAGGACAUAGGUUAAUCAGAUGGUUUAUUCAAUUUGCCACUUUGAAUUUGAACACAUUUUAUUUUUGUCACUAAAAUAAAACAUACCAGACUGGGAAACUGGGAAAGAAAAUGCAAUACAAAUUGCAACCUACAUUUCCACUGCAAUGACCUUUUUUUGUGUGUGUGUUCUAUGUCUAUCU